AUGACUGGAUCAGACCAAAUAAUAAAAGGGCGAGGAACUGCCCAAUUUUUCUUGCCAAAUGACACAUUGUUAAAAAUCACCAAUGCUCUAUAUGCACCUAGAACCCCUCGAACCUUGUUAAGCUUCAAAGAUAUUCGCACCAACGGUUAUCAUCUGAACACUUAUUGUGAGAAUGGAAGUGAAUAUUUGUGUCUUACUUCUCUUGAAUGUGGACGGACACGCGUUUUAGAGAAGAUGAAGAGUCAAGACAAUGGACUAUAUCUUACUACCAUUCGGAUUAUUGAAUCUUAUGCUGUCACCAAUGAUGAAAUUUGGGACACUAACUUAUACAGGCUUUGGCAUGACCGAUUAGGACAUCCUGGUCGGGACAUGAUGGUCCGUAUUUUAAAGAAUUCACACGGACAUCCUUUCUUUCGAGGGAAAAAUAAAAUGGGACCGCAACUAAAUACGAUGCACAGUGCUCGUUACACUGCUCCAAUGCAGUCAUUACCUUCUAAAGUAAUAGAAGUGUUCCCUCCCUCUGCCUCAAUGACUAUUUCCAAGGCACAUCAGUCAUUUUGCCAAGCCUGUUCUUUGGCAAAAACAAGAUCGAGACCUUCCUAUGCUAAAGAUACUAAACAAAAUAUUUCAUUCUUACAAAGGAUACAAGGUGAUAUUUGUGGACCUAUCCAUCCAGAAUGCGGGCCAUUUAAGUAUUUUAUGGUUCUGGUAGAUGCUUCAACUCGCUGGUCACAUGUUGCAUUAUUGUCCACACGAAACGCUGCAUUUGCAAAACUUCUAGCACAGAUUAUUCGUUUAAGGGCUCACCACCCUGAUCACCCUAUUAAGUCUAUAAGGCUUGAUAACGCUGGAGAGUUUACAUCAAAAGCAUUUGAUGAUUAUUGCAUGUCUAUUGGGAUCGAUGUAGAGCAUCUUGUUCCCCAUGUGCAUACACAAAAUGGUCUCGCUGAAGCCACCAUCAAAAGAUUACAAAUGGUGGCUAGGGCACUUAUUAUGCGCACCAAUUUACCUAUAAGUGCAUGGGGUUAUGCAAUAUUGCACGCAACCUUGCUUAUUCGUUUCAGACCUACUGCUAGCCAACCAUUUUCUGCGUACCAGUUGGUUACUGGAUAUGAGCCUGACAUUUCACACUUACGCAUAUUUGGUUGUGCUGUAUAUGUUCCUAUUGCGCCCCCACAGCGCACAAAAAUGGGUCCCCAGAGACGAGUAGGGGGAGAUAAGAAAAAAGAUUUUCAAAGGGAACGACAGGAAUUGUCAUGGUUUGUCCCCACUCAAUCUCAUUUCGAUCCCCGCACUCCACAAUGUGAAAGUGAAGUGGAAAGAAUAAUCGAUCUUCAGAACGUAGCAGAUUCGAUGCCUGAUGCGUUUUCUGAUAUCGCUAAAGUGACAAGAUCACAUAUACCAGCUGCAAAUGUGCCUGCAAGGUUAGAAAUCCCUAAAAAAGGGCAUGGUGCCGUAGUAGGAGGCACUGCAACCACACUUAGUGGAGGUGUGGUUGAGGCCGUGGCUCCUCAAAAGAAGAAGGGGAGGCCACUUGGUUCGACUGAUACUCGCCCAAGGAAGAAAAGGGCGACUAAGGCACAACCAGAUCCAUUAAUCAUCGAUGUGGAGAAUCCCUCUCAUGAGAUUAUCUCUGAUUAUAGUUAUGUCCAUGAAUCAUUACUGGAGGACGCUCCGAUGUUUGGUAUGAUUCCAGAGAACAAAGAAAUCUCAAUGAAUUAUGAGAGUGCACAUGAGUUGAUGGAAAGAUCUUCCAUACACAUUGAUGAUGCAUUUGCAUAUAACGUUGCUCAUGAAAUAAUAGAGCAUGAUGAUAUCGAACCACGCUCUGUUGUAGAAUGUCAACAAAGAGCAGAUUGGCCUAAAUGGAAAGACGCAAUCCAGGUAGAAUUAGAUUCACUGGCAAAAAGACAGGUAUUUGGUCCGGUAGUGCUAACCCCACCAAGUGUAAAGCUUGUAGGACAUAAAUGGGUUUUUGUCAGAAAGCGUAAUGAGAAGAACGAAGUCCUAAGGUACAAGGCUCGCCUUGUGGCGCAAGUUUGGUAG